AUGAGAUAUUUUUUCUUUGGAAAAGAUUUUAUUUACCAUUAUGAUCCAAUUAUACCCAUAAUAGAAAUAACAAAUACUUUAAAUCCAAUUUCAUCAAUAGAUGGAUAUGGUAUAUUUACAAUGAUAAUAUUAGAAUUUACAUCAAUAUCAUCAAAUUGUACUCACUUUGCAACAUUAACUACAAAAAACCAAUUAAUAAUUUAUGAAUGGAAGAAUUUUUAAAUGUUAGAAUAUGGAUAUAUUUUUAAUAUCAAUACGGAUUUUAAUUGUUAUAAUAUCAAUUUGUAUACUGAAUAUAAUAUCUUACUUGAUUGUUAUGCUUAUAAUCAUUUUUAUUUAGUUGCCUUUAUGAAUAGUACUUUCAAUAUAGUUUAUUCAAUUCGAGCAAACGAACCAAAUUCAUCAAAAAUUUACAGAAUUUAUAAUGAUUAAAAAUUAUUUAUAAUUUAUGCCUAAUAUUAUCAAAAUUAUUCCAUCCUUACAUUAUUUACAUCUCAAUAUGAAAAUUUAACAACUACUAAAAUGAAUUUAUAGAAUUUAGUGUUCCUGAGAGAAAAUCCAUAUAUUUAUAUCCUCCUAAGAAGAAUAUUAUUAUAAUUUUAUAUCACAUAAAAUAAUACUUUUAAUGAAAACUAUAAAUUUACUUUUCCAAAAUAACUAGAUAAUAUUCAAGUUUAUUAUGACUACUAAGCUCCAUGUGAUUAAAUAGAGGUUUUAUCAUAUGAUACUCAAAAAGGAAAAUUUAAUGUAUUUACAAUGUCAGGGUGUUAAAGCGGAUUAACUGAAAAUAGUAAUGGAUUUUCCUAUUCUUCUAAAAAACUAGAACAUGUGAUUUAGUUUUUUUUUAAUAAUCAAUUUGGAUUAUUUUAAUCAGAAGAUUUUCUCCUAUUAUAUUCACAAGGAGUGCUUAUUGGAAGUAUUUUAUUUGAAGAGGGCACUUAAAUAUUUUUUAAUCCUUAUAAUAACUAUUUAUUUGUAUUUGAACUAACAAUUGCUGUCUAUUAAUUAGAGAUACCUUCACUAUAAAUUAAUCUAACAGAUUAAUAACAAGUUGGAAAUACAUAUGAUAUUACAAUUUUUGCUUAACAUUUAAGGGAAAAUAUCAAUGGUACUUGUGAACUAUAAAUGUCAAUUACAAUUUUAGAUUAGAACGAUACAAAUAUUUAUGCAUAAAUACAACUUUCAGGUGAUUUAAACUUCCCAAUGUAUAGAAUUUCUGAAGCUUAAAAAAAUAUAUCAUUUUAGGAAGAUUUUUCAGGCAAUUUGUUGUCUUAUUAUGUGAAUCUAGAUAAUGAAUUAUUUGGAUCAUUUAUUUAGAAGACCUAUUAACAAUUGUUUGAGUUUCAAGAUUAUUGGCCUAAUUUUUGUAUACAUUUUAUGUAGGAGAAGGGGUAUACUUAAUUGGAAUUUAAGACCAAUCAAUAUCAAUCUUUAAUUAAUUGCAUUAUUUUGAAUCUUUUAAUCCUUACAUGA